CAGUCAGAGGCUUGGAUUAGGCCAAAUCCGAAUCCUGCUGAAAAAGGCAGAAUCCUGGAUUCGGUGCAUCCCUGGUAAGUCAGGGAACCAUAUUUAAUGAAUUUAGGUGGUUUGUCUUGUUUUGUUAUUUGCAGAUUAGCCACUGACCUGCAGGACUUCUUAACAUUGUUUUUUAUUUUUUUUUGUAACCCAGAACCCACAGGUGGUGAUGGCAACUUGGCUCUGACAUUAGACAUCUGUGAUCUUAUUGAAGUUCUUUAUUCUUCAUCCACACCGCAGAAUUUCCCCACCAUGCCACAAGUCACCACUAACACUUCUCAGAUACUGAAGAACUACAAAGAGGACCUGCUGGCCAGCUUUUUCUUCCAAGGGCGGCAGAAAAGACAAGCCCAGGUUGGCUACAACGUCAACUCCUUUGGCUUACGUUUUGGCAAAAGGGCAACUAAACUUAAAAAUCGAAAUUCCCUUAAGCCCCAGUUUGGAAGCAAGAAUCAAUUUUCCAUUCCGCUGAAUGCUCUGCGACACGCCUUCUGCGUGGAAUAGCUCCCAGCUACAGGGACUAUAAAGUCUUAUUAUAUGCAAGCUCCGUAGAUUUAUCAU